AUGGCGCUGGGUUCUGAGGCUGCGCUGCGCCCUGAGGCUGAGGUUGAGACCAUUCCAUCGAAGACCCCAGCGUCGAAGACCCCAGCGUCGAAGACCCCAGCGUCGAAGACCCCAGCGUCGAAGACCCCAGCGUCGAAGACCCCAGCGUCGAAGACCCCAGCGUCGAAGACCCCAGCGUCGAAGACCCCAGCGUCGAACAGCUUUCACCAUGCCGCGGAUUGA